AGCUCCAUUUCAGUUGAUGUUAUACUUGAAGCGUUCUUUGGUCUAACGAGUCUUGUCUUGGAUUUGGGAUUAAAAUAAUCGAUAUCAACAAUGAAGUUUCUCGUGUUGGUUGCCAUCGUUGCCGUCGCUCUGGCCGAAGAGGAUUUGGAAAAGGCCAUCGCUGAUCCUCAGAAAUUGCAAAGCUUCGUCGAUUGCUUCCUUGACCGGGCACCAUGCACGCCGGGACCAGCUAAUUUUAAAGAAAUGACACCCAAAGCUGUUGCAACCAAUUGCGCCAACUGCACACCGGCACAGAAGCAUUUAGCAAACUUAUUCUUCACAAAGUUACAACAAAACCUGCCCCAGGAAUACGACAACUUCGUACAAAAAUACGAUCCCAAAGGCGAAUACAUGGACUCUUUCCUCAAAAGCGUACAAGGGGCCUGAACAUAACAUUUUGUAACAUCUUGACAUAACGCAUUAAUAAUAAACGUUUUUAUUCAA